AUGAAGAUGCUCCUGUCACUGGGGCUGCUCUUUGCUGCCCUGUCCUUGGGAAGAUGCAUCCCGCUGCAGCAGGCGCCCAACCGCAGCAAACUCCUCCUGGUGUCCUUCGACGGCUUUCGCUGGAACUACGACCAGGACGUGGACACCCCCAACCUGGACACCAUGGCUGCAGAUGGGGUGAAGGCCAAGUACAUGACUCCUGCCUUCGUCACCCUCACCAGCCCCUGCCACUUCACGCUGCUGACCGGGCAGUACCUGGAGAACCACGGGGUGAUCCAUAACAUGUGGUUCAACACCAAAACAGGCGUGAAACUGCCCUACUACACCACACAAGGCAUAAGCAGCUGGUGGGACAACGGCAGCCUCCCCAUCUGGAUCACUGCCCAGAGACAGGGUUUGAAGACAGGCUCUAUCCACUUCCCUGGAACCAAAGCGAAAUACCAAGGAGAAGAAGUGUACAAGAAGUUGGUGGAACCCGCAUUGUUCAACUACAGCAACGAAACCAACUGGAGGCAGAGCAUCGACACCGUCAUGGAGUGGUUCACAGUGGACAACCUCGACUUCAUCACGCUCUACUUUGGGGAGCCAGACUCCUCAGGACACAAGUUCGGCCCUGAAUCCACACAGAGGAAAAACAUGAUCAAGCAGGUGGACAGAACCGUCGGCUACUUGAGGCAGCGUAUCCGGGAAAGCGGCCUGGAGUCAGCCCUCAACCUCAUCAUCACAUCCGACCACGGCAUGGAGACCGUCCUGAAAACCGACGAGAUUCACCUCCGCACCGUCAGCAACUUCACCUUCAAAGACAUUGACUUCGAACUCCUAGAUUAUGGACCAAAUGGACUCCUGGUGCCAAAGGAAGGGAAAUUGGAGCACGUGUACUCAGUCCUGAAAAACGCCCACCCAAAGCUGCAUGUUUACAAGAAGGAAGAGUUUCCAAAGAGGUUCCACUACGCCAACCAUUCCCGGAUCACCCCACUUUUGCUGUACAGUGAUCCAGGCUACGUGAUCCACGGGAGAUACAAGGUCCAGUUCAAUAAAGGGGAACACGGUUUUGACAACGAGGCCAUGAACAUGAAAACCAUCUUCCGCGCCGUGGGACCGGCCUUCAAGAAGGGGCUGGAGGUGGAGCCCUUCGAAAGCGUCAAUGUCUACGCCCUCCUCUGCGAGCUGCUGGGCAUCACCCCCGAGCCCCACGACGGCUCCCUGGAGGCCACCAAGCCCAUGCUGAGAUCCGGUCCCUCUCUCCACCCCGCCGAGAAGCUGCCGCUGAUGCUGGGACUCGCUGUCCUUCUGGGAUGCUGGGGAGGACUUUUCUGA